CGGUAAACACCUUCCUCCGUCAUGUUUAUCUAAUCUGAUUGCAAACUCUCUCUCUACUCUUCUCUACUUCCUCCGAGAUACCAUCGAUCAAUUCUUUUUUUAUUCAUUAGUGCACACAACCCUCCUUCCUGCACACAUCCCUUCUCCAUUCCAGCAUGAAAUUGUCGCUCUCUUGCAAGUUUGCGGUCCUCGCAGCCGUGCUUGUGCUCGCCUCUCAUGCUCCUACCACCUCUUCAGCCUCCGCUGUCCUCGUCGUCCACGGCUCCGUACAGCCAUCUAACACCGGCCUCAACUCGGAGACACUGGCUCUGAAGAAGAGGGCUGACGAUGACCACGACCACGACCACGACCACCCUACCUCUGCUGCGCCUAUUACUAGCCCUACCCCCACGGCUCCGGCUCACGACCAUGACCAUGACCACGACCUCGACGAGAACCUCGACCAGGACCACGCCGAAGGACACUCUCACGGACCUGCUCGCACCUGUGAAACACACAGCCAUGACCACGGCGAAUAUAUUGUCUGGCAUCACAUCGUCGCCCUCAUCGUCCUCACGGUCAUUGCCGGGCUGGGAUGCGCUCUGCCCAUGAUGAUCCAUGACAACCCCCGGACCCGCUUCGCAGUCCAGGUUGGCAAGUACUUUGGUGCCGGUGUCGUCCUCUCCGUCGCGUUCGUUCACAUCAUGCCCGAAGCUCUUUUCGCCCUGACCCACCCUUGUCUCUCUACCGCAUGGACGGAGGAUUACCCAGGUUACGCACCUCUGAUUAUGAUGGUCUCCGGUCUGACCAUGCUCGUGAUCGAAUUCUUGGCAUCAUCUCUUGUCUUUAAUGUCGAAGCUGAGAACAGGGCAACUGCUGCUGCUGCUGCUGCUGGUGGUGAUCUCGAGUCCCACGACCAUUGGAACUCGCAUAGCCAAAAAGUGAAAGAGACCAAACACUCGGUGGACAGUGAUUCCGACUCUGCCUCGCCUAAAACUGCUGCUGCUGUUGGACCCGCCGGUCAGGGCAUCGAUGACUGCAACCAUGCUCAUGGUUUGACGCUUCUCCAAUGCGGUCCUGGUGUCUCGACCAAGGUAUCGACCUACAUGCUCGAGAUCGGUAUCGCCCUCCACUCUGUCUUUAUCGGAAUCGCGCUCGGUGUCCUUGCCGGGUCCGAGUUCCUGGCCAUGACCAUCGCGAUCUGCUUCCACCAGUUUUUCGAGGGUAUCGCACUGGGAUCCCGUAUCGCUGAUCUGUCGUUCCGCAAGAAGUACGUCCCAGUGUUGUUGGUCCUGGCCUUUGCGUUGGUGACACCACUCGGUGUAGCGAUUGGUAUGGGUGUGCGAUCGACCUACAGAGCCGGCAGCGUCGAGAAUUUGAUAACGAUGGGUGUCUUCAACUCGAUCGCAUGCGGUGUGUUGUUGUACACGGCCUAUGUCACGCUCUUGGGAGGUGAUAUUUUGUAUUCGGAGAGGUUCCGUGCCGAGACCAAGGCCAGCAAGGCUAGUUACUUGGUCGCGGUGUGGUUGGGGGCGCUCUCGAUGGCGGUGAUCGCGCUUUGGGCUUGAAGAAUGUUGUAGUCCCUAGCUUGUACAUUUUUCAUUUACAUAACGCAUCUAUUUGCAUACACAUAUACGCAUUCGUCCUAUUUCUUCAAAAUAUUAACUCGUAAUAAAC